CCGUCACUUCUAUUAUUUUUUUCAAAAAUUUUGAGACAAAUUGAUAUUUAUAACAUGCAUACAAAUAGAAAAUCCAAAGUAAAGAAGAAAAUAUGCCCAACUCCAGGAGUGGAAGGUGAGGAUAUACUUGAAAUGUUGUCGUAUCACUCCCUCUAAACUUUGGUAACUACAAUGACAACCUUCGCCAUCCAAAUUCUUCCUGUCUUUAAUAAUGCAUAUCAGCCUGUAUCUAUUACUUUAAUACCUUUACUAAUUAGCCUUUUCUAAUUAACUUCCAAUAUCUCUGCCCUGCCCCUGAGCAAACCCCCCAAAACAACACUCCCCAGUCCCCAAUGCUCCAUCCCCAGCUCUUUUCUAUAUCUCUUCUAAGACAGCAGAAGGCAGCUACAGACACAAGCAAAUAAGAAAAUGGGGAGAGAAGAAUAAAGUCUCCAACAUCUCCAUUGCCAAAAAAAAGGCUGGAAAAAAAAACUCCCCGAUGUUUAUCCAUGGGAAGCCAUAGAUGCAAGCUUUGCUUCCGGCGCUUCUCCAGUGGUCGCGCACUGGGGGGUCACAUGCGCUCACACGUGACUCCCCGCCUUACCGGAGCUCCGCCCCUCCCCCCCUCCCCCUCCGCCUCAUCAUCCUCCUCCUCCGCCGCAGACGCGGCGGCGGAAGGCCUCGGCUACGGCCUCCGGGAGAACCCCCGAAAAAGCUUCCGACUUGUCGACCCGGAAUUCUCCUCCUCCUUUGCCGCCGCUGACGGCGGCUGUGGCGGCGGCGGCGUCUCCUCCGUCGUCCAGGACCGCGAGAGCGAGACCGAGUCCUCCCUCCCCCCGGCGCUCCGCCGCCUAUCCAAGCGCCCCCUGGAGACCGCGGCGGCGGCGGCGGCGGAGGCUGAACCCCUCAGUUCCAUCUCCGACGUCUCCUCCGAGGAGGACGUCGCUCGGUGCCUGAUGCUCCUCUCCCGCGACUCCUGGGCCAGAUCGAUAGCAGGGGAGGAAGCAGAGGACCAGCAGUCCGGCGGUUGGGACGAGGCCAGGGAGGAGGACGAGGAUUACGACGACGAGGACGGCGGAGACGGGGACGACGGGAUCCGUGGCUCCGCCCGGUCCCGGCGGAGUGGGCGGCGGAGCGGGUACCAGUGCCGCACGUGCAAGAGGUUCUUCCGAUCGUACCAGGCCCUCGGGGGCCACCGAGCGAGCCACAAGAAGGUGGCCGGCGGCGGGUGCGUCCCGGCUGCCGGCGGCCAGAUCGGCGGAAAAGCCUUCUCCGAGGCCAAUGCUGAUAGGAAUUCGAGCCUCCACCGCUGUCCCACCUGCUCCCGGGUCUUCAGCUCCGCCCAGGCUCUCGGCGGCCACAAGCGAUCCCACCUCGCCUCCUCCUCCUCCGCCACCGCCGCCCGUUCCCCUCCUCUCCCUCCACCUCCUCUUUCUGCCAACAGCAGCAGCACCAACCUCAGCGGCAAGGGCUUCAUUGAUCUCAACCAACCAGCUCCAUUGGAGGAGGAAGUCGAGCUCUCCGCUCUCUCCGACGCCACGGUGCUGCAAUCCAAGUGACUUGGGAAGCAAUCUGAGGUGAAGUUCGUCGAAACAAAGCCGAAAUCCACCGAAAAAUCUCAUCUUUACAACUGAAUCCUGCGCAAAGGAAUCCAAUUCGAAUUCACCUCAUAUCAAGUUCAAAUUUUUAUCUCGUUUUUUCCGAAUUUGAUCUGGUCCUUCAGUUACAAGUUGCUCACUGCGACACUGAACAGUAGAAGGAAGCAUAGAUCAUCAAAAUCAUCAGAAAAAGAACUCUCUUUAAAUUUGAAUUGACUAUUGUUACA